CCUGACCACAACAAGUUGUGUUGGUAAACGCCCAGAAGCCCGUUCCCACGCGGCAUCUAAAGAAUUUUUUAUUAAAAAACCGCACUACAUCGAAAUGGUCUCCCAGCAGCAGAUCGAAGCCAUCGGAGGAGUCCUGAACAACAAAGAUCGCCCGCUGAAAGAGCGUUUUCGGGCUUUGUUCACCCUGAAAAAUAUUGGAGGAGGAACGGCAAUUGAGGCGAUCAGCAAAGCUUUCGACGAUGAUUCAGCGCUGCUAAAACACGAACUGGCCUAUUGUUUGGGCCAGAUGCAGGACGCCAAGGCACUAGACAUCCUGACCAAGGUCCUGAAGGACACCGCGCAGGAGCCGAUGGUGCGCCACGAGGCAGCGGAGGCCAUGGGAGCCAUAGGGCACCCCGAUGUGUUGCCCAUUUUGGAGGAGUACAAAACGGAUCCGGUAGUGGAGGUGGCCGAAACGUGUGCCAUCGCCUUGGACCGAGUCCGCUGGAUGCAGAGUGGUCAGAAGGUCGACGACAACAAUCCCUACGCCUCCGUGGAUCCUUCACCACCAACGGCGGGCGAUAAAAGUGUGGCCGAACUUAAGACCAUCUACCUGGAUGCCCAGCAGAGUCUGUUCGAUCGAUAUAGGGCCAUGUUCAGCCUUCGUAAUCUGCGCACCGAGGAUAGUGUCCUGGCCAUCGCCGAGGGACUGAAGGACUCCUCCGCCCUGUUCCGCCACGAGGUGGCCUUCGUCCUGGGACAGCUGCAGGAGCCCUGCAGCAUUCCCUACCUGCAGGAUAACCUGGAGGAUCGCCUGGAGAACGAAAUGGUGCGCCACGAAUGUGCCGAGGCCCUAGGCGCCAUUGCCACAGAGGAUUGCAUCCAGAUUCUGAAACGCUAUGCGGAGGACGACAAACGCGUCGUAAAGGAGAGCUGCGUCAUCGCAUUGGACAUGUGCGAGUACGAGAACAGCCCUGAGUUUCAGUACGCUGACGGCCUGACCAAACUGGACGGGACGAAGUGAUUUACCCAGCCCAAUUGCAUCUACCAACUGUAUAUAUUAUUUGUUAACUUGUAUUGUUUUAUCACGUACUGUGAUUACACGGAUCUAAUCUUAUCGAAACGUGACAUACUGGGGGUUUAACUUCGCCUCCAAGUAGUAUGAUUUAACGAUUGCGGUUUUAGAAGAUGAAAUUUGAUAACUUCAAGGGCAAAUUUUUUUGGGGAUUUCAUCUUUUUAAAGGGCUCUGCUUAUUGGCAAAGAACACCGAGUUGAUAAUUUUUUUAGAAAUUCAAAAACGAAACUCAAUAAACAACAUACAAUUUUA